AUGUCAUCAAGUAAUUUAAAUCAAAAUUCAACAUCUUCUGAACCAAAUUAUGGAGUUCUUGAGAUGUUAAUCAAGAAAUUAGAUCAACUUGAAAUUUUAUUAUUAGAACAAAAUAAAGAAAUUAUUAAUUUAAAAAAAAAAGUUAAAAAACUUAAAAAAAAAUCUGUUAAUGAUAAUGAAAAACAACAAAAAUAUGAUAAAGAAUUAGAUGAACUUAAUAAUAAAGAAAAAUCUGCAACUGAAUUUAUCAAAGUUUUUCCAGUUAUAGGUGGUGCUGUUGGUGGUUUAUUAGCUGUAGGUAUUGGAUAUAGUAGUAUUAAUGAACGUAUAAAAGAGAUAAAAACUUGGAUUGAUAGUACUAAACACUAUAGUUUAUCUGGAGUUUUUAAUUGUUUACGUAUAGAUUUUCUUAAAUUAAUUGAAGAAAGAAAAUAUAUAAUAAAAAAAUUAGAUGAUAUGGAAUCAAAUGUUGAUAAUUUACUUGAACAAAAUACUGAAUAUGAGAAUAUAAUUACAGAUUCAAUGGAAUUAUAUAAUGCAGUUUUACAAAAUUUAGAAAUAGAUUAUGAACCUAGUAGUUUAAUUGAUGGUUUAAAAAGACUUAAAGAAUAUAGUAAGAUUGUUAAUUAUCCUGAAUGA